AGUGGAAAUAACUGGACCCUUUGGAGAGCACAGCUCGCUCAGAGAGUCUCCUGUCUUCAUGUAUCGUCUUCCUUUGCCUUCCCUACGUCAGCCUCCAAGGAGACACGCCACAGGGGACAGCUGUGCCGCUUUCACUCCGCCCUGCUGCAGAGCGAGCGCUCCUGGCUGGGCACUCCCCUGCUCUUCCAGAGAAACGUCAGGUCCCUACCAGAAAGCUCCGUGGGCCUCAGGAAGCCAUGGAGGAAGCUCCUUCUAGGCACAGCGGUGGGCGUGCCCUUGUUGGUGGGCAUCCGCUACAGCAUCGCCGAGACGCAGGAGAGGAGGAGGAUGAGGCUGGUGGUGGAGGGCUUUGCUCGGUUUAGCAGGUCUCUUCGGCUGGGCAUGCAGAUCUCCGUGGACUACUGGUGGUGUUCCAAUGUGAUCCUGCGAGGGCUUGAUGAGAACAGCCCAGAGUACCAGGAGGUGAUGGCAGCGUGCCAUCAGCGAGCAGCUGACCGUCUGGUGGAGGGGGCCAUCCGCAACGGGGGGCUCUACGUCAAGCUGGGCCAGGGGCUCUGCUCCUUCAACCACCUGCUGCCCUCUGAGUACAUCACCACCCUGAGGGUACUGGAGGACAAAGCCCUCACCCGAGGCCACAAAGAGGUGGACGAGCUGUUCCUGGAGGACUUCCGGGUGCCCGCCCACCAGCUGUUCCGGGAAUUUGACUAUCAGCCCGUGGCGGCUGCCAGCCUGGCACAGGUGCACAAGGCCAAGCUUCACGAUGGCACCGAGGUGGCCGUGAAGGUGCAGUACAUCGACCUGAGGGACAGGUUUGACAGCGACAUCCAGACCCUGGAGCUCCUGCUGCAGAUCAUCGAGUUCAUGCACCCCAGCUUCGGCUUCAGCUGGGUCCUCAAGGAUCUCAAGGAGACCCUGGCCCAGGAACUGGACUUUGAGAACGAGGGCCGUAACGCCGAGCGCUGCGCCCGGGACCUCCAGCAUUUCAGCUACGUCGUGGUGCCUCGUGUGCACUGGGACAAAUCCAGCAAGCGGGUGCUGACUGCGGACUUCUGCGACGGCUGCAAGGUCAACAACGUGGAGGAGAUCAAGAGGCGAGGCCUGACCCUGAAGGAUACGGCCGAGAAGUUGAUCCGGGUGUUUGCCGAGCAGAUCUUCUACACGGGCUUCAUCCAUGCCGACCCCCACCCCGGGAACGUGCUGGUGAGGAAGGGCGCGGACGGGCAGGCGGAGCUGGUGUUGCUGGAUCACGGCCUCUACCAAUUCCUGAACGAGGACGACCGGUCCGUGCUGUGCCAGCUGUGGCGGGCCGUUAUCCUGCGGGAUGAUGCAGCCAUGAAGGCCUAUUCUGCCAAGCUUGGGGUGGAAGACUACUUCCUGUUCUGUGAGAUCCUGAUGCAGCGGCCCAUCCACAUGGGCCAGCUGUGGCGCACCAGCCUGCUCUCGGCCGAGGAGGCGGCCUACAUGCAGGAAAUGGCCAAAGAGCACUUUGCCCGCAUCAUGGACGUCCUCCGGGCCCUGCCCCGCCCCAUGCUGCUCAUCUUCCGCAACCUCAACACCGUCCGCUCCAUCAACGUGACGCUGGGAACCCCUGUGGACCGCUACUUCCUCAUGGCCAAGAGCGCGGUUAAGGGCUGGAGCCGGCUGGCAGGGGAGCGGUCCCAUGGGCUCCUACACAGCAGCAUUCUGCGUUGGCUCAAAGUCGCAUGGGAAAGCAUCAAGUUCGAGCUCGCCCUCAGGUUGGAGAUCUUGUACAUGCGCGUCACGGCCAUGGGCAUCCGGCUCCUGGCCUCCCUGGGGCUCAUUGCCCAGCCCGAGGGGCUGUACGAGUACCUGGAGACGUAGGAGCUGGAGCCGGAGGUCCUCCCUGCCGCUGGGGCUCGCGGAGGGCCGGGCCGGGCCCGGCCCCGUGGCAACUCGGGGGCAGAGCUUGGGGAAAAGACCCCCGGGCUGCAGCGUCCCCCUUCCCACCCACCCCGGCAGAUGCCUUGGGGGAGGGGUGGGCUCAGAGUGCUGGCUCCAC